ACAAUUGCAACCACUUACAUUUUUGUAAAUGACAGAAGCCCCUUCAUCAUCUGCGUUCCAACUUCCAAGUUCCUACGCAAUGGAAAACAUUUCAGCUAUGAACUCCAUAAGCUCAAAGCCAAGUACACCGUGCCACGUGGUGGCGGUGCCGUCCGCUGGUCGAGGCCACAUCAACCCCAUGAUGAACCUCUGCAAAAUCCUCGCCUCAAAAUCCAACAACAUAGUCAUUACCUUUGUAGUCACCGAGGAGUGGCUCGGCUUCAUCGGCUCAGAUCCUAAACCUGAUAAUAUCCAUUUCUGCUCCAUACCAAACGUUUUGCCAUCGGAGCUGGUUCGGGCUGCUGACCUGUUUGGAUUCGCAGAAGCUGUUUGGACAAAGAUGGAUGCUCCUUUUGAGUGCCUUCUGGAUCAGCUUAACCCUCCGGCUACUCUCAUCAUGGCUGAUACGUUUCUCUUUUGGGCAGUAUCUGCUGGGAACCGGAGGAAUAUUCCGGUGGCCUCGUUUUGGCCUAUGUCAGCUCUGAUGUUUUCGGUAUUUCACCAUUUUCAUCUUUUCCGGGAAAACGGGCACUUCCCAGUAGACCCGUUAGAAAAGAAUCAUCAGCAAGUGGACUACAUCCCUGGGCUUUCUUCGACAAGUCUAUUGGACCUUCCUAUCGCAAAAAUCAAUGAGGAUUCACGGUCUUUGUUUUUCUUGAAGCAGAUGUUGGAUAGUAUUUCAUGGGUGCGUAAAGCAAAUUAUCUCUUGUUUGCUUCAAUUUACGAGCUUGAAACAAAAGCAGUUGAUGCUCUGAAGGCAGAAUUUCCCUUCCCAGUCUACACUGUCGGGCCUGCCAUUCCUUACCUUGAGCUUGGCAACAGUUCCUCUUCAAACCUUAGCGACGAUGAACUUACCUACUUACACUGGCUUGACAGACAACCUAGGAACUCUGUUCUGUAUGUGUCACUAGGAAGUUUUCUUUCAGUUUCAAGUGCCCAAAUGGAUGAAAUUGCUGCUGGCUUGAAUGACAGCGGUGUUCGGUUCUUGUGGGUGGUCCGUUACGAGACUUCCAGGAUGGAGGCGGCUUGCAGUGAUCAGGGGUUUGUGCUGCCUUGGUGUGACCAGCUGAGGGUGCUAUGCCAUCCUUCCGUAGGGGGAUUUUGGAGUCACUGCGGAUGGAAUUCUGUUCGAGAAGGUAUUUUUGCAGGCGUUCCUUUUCUUACCUUUCCUCUGGUUGCAGAUCAGAAGCUGAACAGUAAGCUGAUUGUGGAUGAUUGGAAGAUCGGGUGGAGGGUGGAAAAACAGUUCCUAGCAGAGGAUUUGGUGACAAGAGACGAAAUUUCCAGGCUUGUGCUAAAAUUUAUGGAUUUGAAAAGUGUUGAAGUGACAGAAAUGAGGGACAGAGGUAAAGAGCUUAAACAAAAAUUUCUACAUGCCAUUGACAGAAAGGGAUCAUCUGCAACCAGUAUCGAUUCCUUCAUCAGGAACAUUUCACAAACUCAUGGCCAUUAAUCAGAUAAUCGGUUCUUCAAAUGAAAUAAAACACUUCGUUUUCCAGCCUGAACUUGCAGGCUGCAUCUUGAGAGUCUUUGGCAUAAAUUUCAUGGAUGCUUGUAUCGUGUUUGGACUGUUUCUCUUUUGUCAGUUGUUUGGUACAACAAAUCCUGUCUUGUACAAGAGGGACCAAGUCAAGAUAAGGAGAUUGCAAAGAAGGGAAAUGAACUACUUUUAAAUGA